CUUGUGGCCCUGUUCUCUGCUGGCUUUCCUUGACUUGAGCGACCUCUCUCACUUCACCUCACCUCACCUUGCACGAGCUCGAGCACUCCAGACGCAAAAGAUUUGAUUGUCCCCACACCAACAUUAACUUAUUGAUGACCACGACCAAGACGCACCAUGGCUAGGUCUACACUUGCAUGGGUGCGCGCUGCCGCCGUAGCUGCCCUCGCACAGCAGGUAGUCUCGCAGACGUGCUACUACCCCAAUGGCAACACAGCUCCCAGCACAGAGAAAGCUUGCUCUUCAGCAUCAGGUUCCGCUUGCUGCCCUGAGAACUGGCAUUGUCUUGACAAUGGCCUUUGCUACUACCCUCCCACUGGGCUUCACGGCAGAUACAGUUGUACUGACAAAGACUGGAACUCACCCGGUUGCGCCUCCAACCUCUGCACAUAUAACAUGACCGUUAGUGGUGGAGAGUCUAUUACACAAUGCUCAAACCACAACAGCCAAUGGUGCUGUAAUGGCGACGCAACGAGUGUCAACUGUUGCCAGGAAGAGCCAGAGCCACGACCAUUUUUCAACCUCCAGGACGGUGUCGCGUACGCUACAAUUGGCUCGAACCAGGCAUCCUCGAACCCUACUAUCUCGACCGUCACCGGCCUUGCAACCUCAGGUUCAAGUGGCAGCUCACCCACUUCUCAAACCAGCUCUUCAGCAGCAGCAUCCUCCUCGAACGCACCCUCUUCCUCAGCAACCUCAGCACGUUCAGUCUCCGCUGUGACCUCGGUCGCAACAAGCAUUAGGUCUGCAUCUGGAGGCUCUGGCCCAGAGACCAUUUACAUCACCAACGUUAUCACCCCAACCGCAACAGCCGAUGCCUCAGGCGGCGGCGCAUCCUUAUCAGGUGGCUCUGGCACCAACAUCGGCCUCAUCAUAGGCUGCGCAGUCGGUAUACCUCUCGGCCUCGCCCUGAUUGGCAUCCUCAUCUGGAUGCUGCGGAAGCGCCACCAGGCGAAGGUCCACCCCUACAAGACCACCCCCGAUGGUGGUGAGUCUCCUGACACCGCAGCUGCCGCACUCGCCUCGCCAAAGAAGCAGGAAGUGUACCGUCACUCACGACCCGGUACCUCAGAAAUUGACAGCAACCCCGUUGGCCCCGGCCGCCCGACCUCGACGAUCCCCGGAAAAGCAGAGCUCGAGUCUGGCGCGGGCUUCCAGCCAAGCUCAGGCGUACCGUACGCUCCGGACACUGCGUUUAUUGGAGGUGGAAACGGCGAUCGAUCGACCUGGGGCAGCUCACCACCUGGAUACUCGCCAGGACAGGGUCAGGGACCGUUCGCGCAUAAUCACGAGGGAGCUGUCGAGCUUGACAGUUCGAUGGUCAUGCCCGUCAUCAACGAGAAGAGCGAGCACCAGCCAGAAUACCAGGCGUAUCGACCACCAGGUGAUGCGGUGGAGAUGAGCGCCAUGAAGACUCCGCCUGAGGAUUUGGAGAAGCAGCUCGGUAAAUAGGCGCAGCUGUCAUGGUGUUUCUUUUCGAGCAGCAAUGGCGUUCCGGGGUACACAAUCAUGGGCAAUUUACUUUCAAGGGUCGAUACCAUUCACAAGAGCGGGUUGUACGAAACAUGGGUGUACAUAUAUCUAAGGUCUACAAGAGGCCGUCCAUCAUGAACUAGAUAUCUUUCACUUUGUCAAUAACGAACAAU